AUGGACCUCAACCUGCAAUGUAUGGCAAACUCUCUAAACAAUAAAAAGUAUGAUAAAUUUUGGAAAUCCGUUAAACGUACUAAUGCGCAUAAAUCAUACACCUCUGAAGUAAUUAAUGGAGUCAGGGGCAAUGUUAACAUAUGUAAUAUCUGGGCCGACCAUUAUGAGCAUCUGUUCAACUGUGUCACAUCAACUGAUCAAAAGCAGCAUGUUAACGAUAAGCUAAAUUACAUAAAUGAUCAUUAUAAGGAUAAUCAUAUAACUCCUCAAAUUAUCCAGAAUUUUAUCUCAAAGUUGUCUUUAGGAAAAUCGCCUGGCUUAGAUGGCAUAGAUAGCGAACAUCUUAAGUAUGCUGGUGGAAAAAUUAAUGUUUUAUUAAGUUUCUGUUUUAACGCUUUGCUUGUGCAUGGGUACAUUGUUAAUGACUUUGUUGAAGUUGUCCUUAUUCCGAUUGUAAAGAAUAAGUUAGGUGACGUCACGUCAACAAAUAACUAUCGUCCAAUUGCAUUAGCCUCUGUGUUGUCCAAACUGUUCGAGCUCAUACUGGUCGAUUUCUGUAAAGAUAAUCUUGAAACUGACUAUCAUCAGUUUGCUUUUAAGCCCAAUCCCUCCACUGAGACGUGCGUUUUUGUUCUUAAACAAAUUAUUGAAUAUUAUCAACGGCAUGGUAGCCCAGUUUAUACUUGUUUCUUAGAUUCGAGUAAAAGCUUUUGA